ACACGUGGCUAAUUGUUGCAUGUAUCUGUGUAUAUUCUCUUGUUUCCACGUGUUCUUCCAUGUAACUCUCUUACCGAUCUCCCUUCACAAUUUGCUGGAAAACAAACAGACGGAUGUCUCGACUUCUUCAUCGGCUCCAACUCCUCCCUCCUCCUUCUCUAUUACAUUUGCAGUUCGAGCUUAGUCUGCUAUAGCGAAUGGGGAGGCUCGUCCCCAAGGACGAGAUGGGGAAUUACAGUGGAAGAGGAGUCGUAGGAGUCGCAUUAUACUGGUGGAAUGAGAUCCUGAACUCGGAACAAUGGCAGCAAGGCUUUUUCUAUUCUCUCUGCGCUUGUUAUUCCCUCGUUGCCCUCGUCGCCUUGGUACAACUUUCCCGGAUCCAAAUGAGAGUACCAGAAUAUGGUUGGACAACACAGAAGAUCUUCCACUUGAUGAAUUUUGUUGUCAAUGGAUUGCGUGCUAUACUCUUUGGGUUCUACAAAACUGUGUUUCUUCUCAAACCAAAAGUUGUUGCAAUGAUACUUCUGGAUCUUCCUGGACUUCUGUUUUUCUCAACAUACACAUUACUUGUGUUGUUUUGGGCAGAGAUAUAUCAUCAGGCAAGAAACCUUCCUAUAAAUAAACUUAGACCUGCUUAUUUUAUUGCCAAUGGAAUUAUAUACUUCAUACAGGUAAGCAUCUGGGUAUAUGCAAGAUUAAGCCAGAAGCUCAUUGCAGUGAAACUCGCGAAACUCUUUGUUUCAGUUAUUUCAUUCUUUGCUGCUCUUGGAUUCUUGAUAUAUGGUGGAAGGUUGUUUGUCAUGCUGAGACGCUUCCCAAUUGAAUCUAAAGGACGUCAAAAAAAGCUAAAUGAGGUUGGUGCUGUAACUGGGAUAUGCUGCAUGUGUUUCUUGAUAAGAUGCGUUGUGGUUACUCUAUCCGCAUUCGACAAAGAUGCCGACCUUUUUGUCCUCAGCCAUGCUUUUCUAAAUUUUGUUUAUUACAUGUUAGUAGAGAUUCUUCCGUGUUCUUUGGUACUCUUCAUCCUUCGGAAGCUCCCUCCAAGGCGUAUCUCUGAUCGAUAUCAUCCCAUUCAGUAAAGCUAGCAGUAAACAAAGUCUACUCCUCUUUACAAAUCACUGGAGGAAAGUUCCCCAUAAAGUUGCUUUGCCAUGGUUUUAUUUCAAUGGUCAGUUUUCUAGAGGCCGUUUCUUCUGUUAUUUUAUCCUUCUUUCUAGUGAAGCUUUUCUUUGUGAAAGGUAAGGGUUUUGAUGCUUUGAGAUAUUUUUGACGAAUAGUGUUUGUUUAAUCUCUAAGCAGUAUGACUAUGACCGAUAUUGUGGGGCUGGGGCAUAAGACGCAUUUUGUUGCUGGGAUGCCAAAGAUAUGGCUUACCUGCUGCAUGUCUUUAUGUAGAGCGGAUUGUUUUUUCUGAUCAUGGAGUUCGGUUCAGUGGGCCAUACCUUGAUAUGGUGCUUCUGAAGGAUCGCUCUUCCCAUCCGGGCAUUGUUUAUACUUUUCUCUAUCUGCUAUUAGCGGUAU